AUGGACGUGGACGACGACCGCGCCGCCAGCCUGAGCGUCAGCAUUCUGGUCUUCAAGGGCGACCCGCUCGACUACCAGCGCCACCGCCACACCGCCCUCAGCUUCCGCCCGCUCUUCCACCAGGACGGCCCGCCUGCCGCCGACUCGGCCCUCGUCAUCCACAUCACCGGCCCGCCCGGCGAGCUCGGCUUCCAGGUCCACGACCGCUACGACGCCACCCGCGACCCGGGCCGCGAGCUCGUGCGCGCCGUGCUGGUCGGCACCCUGCGCAAGGAGAUCACCAAGGCCGAGCUCGUCCAGCUGCUGGCCUCGGUGCCCAUCGAAAACUCGGACCGCGAGUUCAACUGCCAGUCGUGGGUCGAGAAGGGCCUGCGCCUGCUGCGCCGCAUGGAGUGGGUGAGCGAGCACGAGUUCGAGCAGGGCCUGGACGCCAUGGUCGAGUGCAUCCUGGAGGCCGAGGAGGAGCCCGAGGGCUGA